AUGCCUGUCAUAUUACACCGGGUGCCCUCCACGCGAGUGAGAUGCCCCCUGGAUUUGGGCUCGUACUCUAGCGCACGAGCAUGGUAUCAUCGUGGUUAUGCCACCCUGCAGCACUCGCAGCUGCCCUCGCGGCGCCGAGCUGCGGUUCCCCCUUACCAGAAAAUUCUGAAGACCUUUGAGGAUGUCAGAGACAUUUUAGGCCGGCAGAAACUCGCCCUCGCCGAGAAAAUCCUGUAUUCUCAUCUUGAUAACCCUUCCGAGUCUCUAUUAACCGGUACCGACAAUGGCAAGAAUAUUCGCGGCAACGCCAACCUCAAGCUCAAGCCUGACCGUGUCGCGAUGCAGGAUGCCUCUGCGCAGAUGGCAAUCCUCCAGUUUAUGACAUGCAACCUCCCCAGUACGGCUGUACCUGCGAGUAUCCAUUGCGACCAUAUGAUUGUGGGAGAGAAGGGUGCAGACGUGGAUCUGCCUAAUUCCAUUGCAGGCAACAAAGAGGUUUUUGAUUUUUUGGAAUCCGCUGCCAAGAGAUACGGAAUUGAAUUCUGGCCUCCCGGGGCUGGCAUCAUACAUCAAUCGGUGUUGGAAAAUUACGCUGCUCCUGGUCUGAUGAUGCUGGGGACGGACAGUCACACACCCAACGCUGGGGGACUGGGUGCUAUAGCAAUUGGCGUGGGCGGAGCUGAUGCAGUCGACGCUCUUGUUGACGCUCCUUGGGAGCUCAAAGCUCCAAGGAUUCUAGGGGUUCGUCUAGAAGGCAAGCUCAACGGCUGGACUUCGCCGAAAGACGUGAUCCUCUAUCUGGCAGGCAAGCUUACCGUGCGUGGUGGGACCGGAUCCAUCAUUGAAUAUUAUGGGCCUGGUGUCGACACCCUGAGUUGUACAGGCAUGGCCACGAUUUGCAAUAUGGGGGCGGAGGUGGGCGCUACGACGUCGAUUUUCCCCUUCACCGAGAACCAUAUUCCUUAUUUGCGCGCUACAGGGCGAGAUGCCAUCGUCGAUGCGGUCAAGGGCAUUGCGUAUGGCUCCGAGAAACAUAACUUCCUUCGUGCCGACCAAGGUACAGAGUACGACCAAGAGAUCACAAUCAAUUUGUCUACACUCGAGCCGCACAUCAAUGGGCCUUUCACGCCAGAUCUGUCUACGCCCUUGUCAAAGUUCAAGGACGCAGUAAAGACCAAUAAGUGGCCAGAUAGUUUUUCGGCCGGCUUGAUUGGCAGUUGCACGAACAGCUCGUACGAAGACAUGACACGUGCUCAGGACUUGGUCAAACAGGCACAGGCCGCUGGCUUGAAGCCUAAAUCCGAUUUCUUCAUCACGCCCGGAAGUGAACAGGUCCGCGCUACACUAGAGGAGAGCAAGACGCUUGAAACUUUUGCAGAUGCUGGUGGCAUUGUCUUGGCCAACGCUUGCGGACCGUGCAUUGGACAAUGGAAGAGGACCGAUGGUGUCAAGAAAGGUGAAGACAACGCCAUCAUCUGCUCCUACAACCGCAAUUUUCCGGGUCGGAAUGAUGGGAAUCCUCGAACGAUGAGUUUCCUUGCCUCACCGGAAAUUGUCACGGCCAUUUCAUACUCCGGGUCGACUUCCUUCAAUCCAAUAACGGAUGAGAUCCCCUUGCCCUCGGGGGAGAAGUUCAAGUUCGAGCCUCCCAAAGGCGCACAACUGCCCGGGUCUGGCUUCGCUAUGGGCAAUCCUGCAUUCUACCCUUCCGCUGCUGAACCAGAUCAAAGUGUGGCAGUUGUUGUCGACCCGGAGUCCGAUCGACUGGCUAUCCUAGAGCCCUUCGAGCCAUUUCCUGAAGGCGAGCUGAAGGGCCUGAAAGUUCUGUACAAGGUCAAGGGUCAGUGUACCACAGAUACCAUUUCAGCCGCUGGGCCAUGGCUCAAGUACAAGGGACACCUUCCUAACAUUGCUGAAAACACUCUGAUUGGUGCUGUGAACGCAGCGACUGGCGAGACCAACGUGGCAUACGACAGUAACGGGUCCACGUCGUCCAUUCCAGAACUUGCAAAGAAAUGGAAGGCAAACGGGCAACGUUGGCUGGUCGUAGCUGAGGACAAUUAUGGCGAGGGAUCCGCCAGAGAACAUGCAGCCCUACAGCCACGGUAUCUCGGAGGCCAGAUAAUUCUAGCGAAGAGCUUCGCACGUAUCCACGAAACCAAUCUCAAAAAACAGGGAGUGGUGCCGUUGACUUUUGCCAACAAAGAUGACUAUGGUCGAAUCGAUGCCUGCGAUCUCGUCGACACGGAGGGAUUGUGGGAUGUUCUGAAGAACGGUGGGCAAGGCGAAAUCAAUCUGAGGGUCACGAAGAAGGACGGAGAAAGCCUCACAAUCCCCGUCAACCAUACCUUGAGCAAGGAUCAGUGUGGUUUCAUUCUCGCCGGCUCCGCAUUGAACCUGCUUGCGAAGCGGCAAAAACUUGAUUGA